CGGCGGGGCGGGGCGGGGGCUCCGCCGGGCUCUCUAGGACGCCGGCGCCCCUCACACCCACCAUGGAUCUGCUGCUGCUGGUGAACACGAGCCUGGGCUCCCCCAACGAGUCCCUGGCGCUGCCCCCCGCCUCGCCGUCCUCUUCGGCCCUCCUUCGGCCGCCCUCCCCCUACUCGCCGGCGGCCGUGGCCAGCCUGGCGGCGGUGGUGGGCUUUCUCAUCGUCUUCACCAUCGUGGGCAAUGUGCUGGUGGUGAUAGCUGUGCUCACCAGCCGGGCUCUGAGAGCCCCCCAGAACCUCUUCCUGGUGUCCCUGGCCAGCGCUGACAUCCUGGUGGCUACCUUGGUCAUGCCUUUCUCCCUAGCCAACGAGCUGAUGAAUUACUGGUACUUCGGCAAGGCUUGGUGUAACAUUUACCUGGCGCUGGAUGUGCUCUUCUGUACCUCGUCCAUCGUCCACCUGUGUGCCAUCAGCCUCGACAGGUACUGGUCGGUCACACAGGCUGUGGAAUACAACCUCAAACGGACACCCCGGCGGAUCAAGGCCAUCAUCCUCACGGUCUGGCUCAUUUCAGCCAUCAUCUCCUUCCCGCCAUUGAUCUCCGUGUACCGGGACCCUGAAGGAGAUGUCUUUCCCCAGUGCAAGCUCAAUGAUGAGACAUGGUACAUCCUUUCUUCUUGCAUAGGCUCUUUCUUUGCCCCCUGCCUCAUCAUGGUGUUGGUCUAUAUCCGCAUCUACCGCGUGGCCAAGCUAAGGACCAGGACCCUCUCUGAGAAGCGUACGAUGCCAGAGGGGUCCUCCCAGACUGAGAAUGGCUUGAGCCGCGCUGCUGGCGGCUGCACGUCCAUGAGGAUGCAGUUGGGAGAGAAUGGACAUUAUUCGGUUCACCACUGGCGCAAAGCCUCUGAGCUGGAGGACAUUGAGCUGGAGGAGAGCAGCACCUCAGAAAGCAGGCGGAGGCGGAGCCGGGAGGAGCAUCCCCGCAAGAGCAGCAAGAGCCAGUCCUUCUCCUACUCAUACUCCUCCAAGCACUCCAGUAGCCGCCUGUCCCGCGCCAGCAAUCGCUCCAUGCAGUUCUUCUCAUAUCGCCGUCGCCGGAAGCGUAGCAGCAUCUGCCGUAAGAAAGUUGCCCAGGCCCGGGAGAAACGCUUCACUUUUGUGCUGGCUGUGGUCAUGGGGGUCUUUGUAGUUUGCUGGUUCCCUUUCUUCUUCAGCUACAGCCUCUAUGGUAUUUGCCGGGAGGCAUGCGAGGUCCCUGAAACUCUGUUCAAGUUCUUCUUCUGGAUUGGGUAUUGCAAUAGCUCCCUCAACCCAGUCAUCUACACCAUCUUCAAUCAGGACUUCCGCAGGUCCUUUAAACACAUUCUUUUUAAGAAGAAGAAGAAGAACUUCCGGCACUGAGCUGGAGGGAUGGAUUUGCCUCGAGAAGGAAUAGAGUUAAAAGAGAAGGAGAAGGCUCUAUGCUGGAGAAGAAGGGAGGGAAGAGAACAUGGGGUUUGGGCUUAGGGAAGAGGGCUGGCCCCCUUGGUGGAGCAGGGUGGUGCUGUGGGUUACAGGGAUGGUGUUGGGGAGGCUGAGGGCAUUCACUGUGGUACGGAUGGACAACAUGGUGCUGGAGGAGCAGUGCUGGAGUUUGGAUGGGUAAAUGGGAAGGAGAGUGAUUGUCUUUGAGCCCUGAUGGAGGGUGUGGGGAGCCUGCAGAGGAGAAUAGGCUAAGACACUGAGUCUGGGAGGCAGUGAGCUUUUAUGGGCUCUGGAGUUUUGUGGAAAAACAAAAACAGACUUCAAGAGGAAAGGGUUAAGUGGCAGUGAUGGUGGAGAUUUCAGUAUUUAUAAAUAGAGCAGUUGGGGCCUAUGGUGGAUUUGUCCCAGUAAGAAAUUGGCUUUUACUGCUUGUGUGGGGAAGGAAAGUGCAAAGUACCAGGCACUGACAGUGUUUUGAGUUAUGAAAGGAUUUAAAUGUUUGCCAAAAAACCCUAAAGAACAAUCCAAACUCUUUUCUAAAUAAACCUUUGUACUGUUAAAA